AUGGACGGCACCGACAAAGAGACCAGGUCCGAUUCCUCGAGGGCCGACGGCAUCGGCGCGGACGAGCCGCCGGUCGGCGCCGGAAGCCGCGUCGGACGUGUGUUAAGCCGCAUCGCAUCGGCGCCCACGGCGGACCCCGGCCCGCCCCCGGACGGAGGAUACGACGCCUGGAUGGCCGUGCUGAGUGCGCACUUCAUCUUCAUGGACACAUGGGGCUUCGUCAACUCGUUCGGCGUCUUCCAGACGUACUACGUGCAGCAGCUCGGGCGCCCGCCGUCCGACGUCUCCUGGAUCGGGUCCUUCCAGGUCUUCCUCCUCUUCUUCGUCGGCGCCUUCUCCGGCCGCUUCACCGACGCCGGCUACUUCCGGCCCCUCUUCCUCGCCGGCUCCUCGCUGAUCCUGCUCGGCAUCUUCGCCACCUCGUGGUGCACGCUAUACUGGCAAAUCUUCCUCGCCCACGGCGUCUGCGUCGGCCUCGGCUUCGGCCUCGUCUUCUGCCCCUCGCUCGCCACCCUGUCCACCUACUUCGACAAGCGCCGCGCCCUGGCCAUCGGCAUCGCCGCCGUCGGCAGCGCCUCCGGCGGCCUCGUCUUCCCCUCCACCGUCCGCCAGCUCCUGCCGCGCGUCGGCUUCCCCUGGGCCAUGCGCACCCUCGGCUUCAUCCAGCUCGCCACCCUGGCCGUGGGCCUGGUCUUCCUGAAGCCGCGCAUCCCGCCGCGCAAGGCGAGCAAGAUGGUCGACCUGUCCGCUUUUAAAGAGCUCGAAUACACCUUUUACACCGCGGGGGGGUUCUUUUCGUUCAUGGGCGUCUACUUUGCCUUUUACUACCUCGCCUCGUACAGCCGGGACGAGCUCGGCUUCUCGUACACGGACUCGCUGAACCUGCUCCUGGUGCUCAACGGCAUCGGCUUCGUCGGCCGCCUCGGGCCCAACUUCCUCGCCGACAAGAUCGGCACCAUCACCGUCUUCACGCCCAUGGCCUUCCUCUCGGGCCUCCUGACCUACUGCUGGAUCGCCGUCGGGACCCCGACGGGGCUGUACGUGUGGACCGUCUUCUUCGGCGUCGCGGGCAACGCCAUCCAGGCCCUGUUCCCCGCGGGCGUCAGCGCGCUGACGACGGACCCGAGCAAGCAGGGCACCCGCAUCGGCAUGGUCUUCACCAUCGUCGGCUUCGCCGUGCUCACGGGCAACCCCAUCGCCGGCGCCAUCAUCUCCGCCACCGGCGGCCGGUACCUCGGGGCCCAGGCCUUUGCCGGGAGCUGUCUCAUGCUCGGCACCUUCUUCCUGGCGCUGGCGCGGGUGGUCAAAACGCGCAAGAUCGGGAAAGGGUGGUUUGUCAAGGUCUGA